UCAUUUUCUCCGUUGUUUCAAAGCCACAUACCAAGCUCUCUCUUCCUCUCGCUCUCUCUCGCCCUCUCUCUCUGGCGGGAGCUCGGGAACUCGCCGGAGAGCCUGUGUCGCCGGGCACUGCGUAGAUUCCGAUAUAACAAAAUAAUUUGGUAGAAAACGUGAAGAAAUGGAGGUGUGAGAAUUUUUUAAGAGAGAGAGAGAAGUAACGUGGUUAACGUGCAAUGUUGGGAAAAAAAGGAAUCAAAGGAAGCUUUGGAGGAUCUUACACGGCACAGAUGCCUAGAUGAUCCCUUCUCCGUUCAAUUUCCCUCCCUUGCCUUAUGCCGUAAUUUAUUCGACUUCUCUGUCUCCCUCCAUCUCCGCUUAAAAUCUCCGCCCUCUCGCUCUCCCUCUUCUCUCUGAAUUGCGUUCCAUCUACCGGAUUCUGAAGAGCUUCUUUGCUGGAGGUGGAGCUUAGAUUGCUUAGAGUGCAGUUGUGAAGCGCCAUUGAUGAACUGUUGUGAACGUUUAUUUUUGUGGUCUGUAAAAUUCUAGGAUUUAUCAAUCAUGCCAUCCGAAACGAUGGAGCUACAGGGUUCUUCUCCAUCAUCAUUUUUCUCAGAGGAUGUUCUCUUUCCCCGUGAGAGGCAGGUUGGAUUUUGGAAGUCUGGCAACAUGCUCAAUCAUGUCGGAGGUGGGACUCCAGUUGCUUCAUCACCGUAUGAGAAACAUGUACCCCUGGACUGUCGGACACUGAAGUCCAAGGAACAUCCUGAGUUCCUAAUGCAAAAACAGGCUGUGAAUCAUAGCUUAGAUAGGCUUGCAGUGGGAGCAGAGAGGGCGGCAAGUCGGUCCUUGCAUUACUUGAGUCCAGGGGACGCUGAUGCGGGGACACGAUCCAUCAUGAAAAUGCCAAAAACAUCUUACUUUUUGGAAGGGGACAAAAAUAAGAUGAUGAAUGCUCAGUCUGAGAAUAGUCUUUUCUCAAGCUCAUUAUCAGAGUUAUUUAGUAGGAAGAUGAGAUUAUCUUCAAACAAUGUUUCGUAUGGCCAUUCUGUUGAUACUGUUGCCUCCCAUCGUGAGGGAGAGGAUCCCUUUGAAUCACUCGAAGAAAUGGAGGCUCUAACCAUAGGAGACCUUCUCCCCAAUGAUGAUGAUUUGUUUUCUGGGUUAAUUGAUAGGCUACACAUGGUCAAAUGUAAUGCUGGAGAAGAUCCCGAGCUAGACGUCUUUAGCAGUGUUGGAGGGAUGGAUUUGGGAGACGAUGAAUUUAUGCUGCAAAAAGAUUCUGACUACCCUGAAGGAUUUUCUCACGGUCAGCUGGGGUUAUAUAAUAUCUCAGUAGCUGGAGAACACCCUUAUGGCGAACUACCUUCAAGAACACUAUUCGUGAGAAAUAUAAAUAGCAAUGUUGAGGAUUCUGAGUUAAGGGCCCUUUUCGAGCAAUUUGGAGAUAUACGCACUCUUUAUACAGCCUGCAAACAUCGUGGUUUUGUUAUGAUCUCCUAUUAUGAUAUCAGAGCUGCUAGAAAUGCCAUGAAAGCACUUCAGAGCAAACCAUUGAAGCAUAGGAAACUUGACAUUCAUUACUCAAUCCCAAAGAACAAUCCAUCUGAGGAAGACAUAAAUCAAGGAACCCUGUUAAUAUUUAACCUUGAUACUUCUGUAUCAAAUGAUGACCUUGUCCAGAUAUUUAGGGCCCACGGAGAAGUGAAGGAGAUCCGUGAAGCCCCCAACAGGCUUCAUCACAAAUUUGUUGAAUUCUAUGAUAUUAGAGCGGCAGAGACUGCUCUUCAAGCUCUAAACAAAACUGAUAUUGCAGGCAAGAAGAUCAUGCUUGAGCCAGGCCAUCCUGCUGGAUCGAGACGCAGAAGCUUGGUGCAACAAUUUCCUUCAGAAUUGGAAAGUGGUAAUUGUGGCUCUUAUUUGCAACAGAAUAGCUCGCCAAAUAAUUCAACCACUAUGUUACCUGCUUUUGUGUCGGCCGGUAAUGGGAAUUGUACUCUUCCCGGACAUUCAUUUACAUGGAGCAGUUCCUAUCAACCCCAGACCCCUGGCAUGAUAUGGCCGAACUCUCCGUCAUUUGUCAAUGGAGUUCAGACCCCACCACAGAUGCAUGGACUUCUUAGAGCACCAUCCCAUAUGUUGAACACUCUACCCAUGAAUAACCACCAUGUCGGGUCAGCACCAACUGUCAAUCCUUCUAUCUGGGACAGGCAGCAUGCCUAUGCAAUGGAGUCUCCUGAAGCUCCUGGCUUUCACCCAGGUUCUCUGGGGACCAUGAGAAUUUCUAACAAUUCAUUGCAUCCAAUGGAAUUUGUCUCUCCUAGCGUCUUUCCUCGCAUUCGUGGCAAUUUUAUGGAUCUUCCAAUUCCUCCUAAAAUCAUAGGAGUUCAACCCCAGCAUCAAAGGAGUCCAAUGUUCCCUAGCAGAGGCCCAAUGAUGCCCAUGAUGAGUUCAUUUGAUUAUCCUAAUGAUCGUGUGAGAAGCCGCAGAAAUGAGGGCAGUAUUAACCAGACUGACAAGAAACAGUAUGAACUUGAUAUUGAUCGAAUAUUGCAAGGGGAGGACAGCCGAACAACUCUCAUGAUAAAGAAUAUACCUAACAAGUAUACUUCGAAGAUGCUUCUGGCUGCAAUCGAUGAACGCCAUCGAGGAUCGUACGAUUUCAUUUAUCUACCGAUUGAUUUUAAGAACAAAUGCAACGUGGGCUAUGCGUUCAUCAAUAUGACUGAUCCCCGCUUAAUCGUCCCAUUUUAUCAGGCAUUCAAUGGAAAGAGAUGGGAGAAGUUCAAUAGUGAAAAGGUGGCAACACUUGCAUAUGGUCGUAUUCAAGGAAAAGCUGCUCUCGUUGCACAUUUCCAGAACUCAAGCUUGAUGAAUGAGGAUAAACGUUGCAGACCAAUCUUGUUCGAUACUGAUGGCCCAAAUGCAGGUGACCAGGUGCCCUUCCCAAUGGGGGUUAAUGUUCGAGCAAGACUCGGGAAAGCUCGAAGCACCCAAGAUGAGAACACACAAGAAUGCACACCAUACUUGUCUAAUGGGGAGGAUUCUUCCGGUGAUAACACAAUUUGACCUGCUUGCUUUACUAGGCCCUAACCCAUGUGGGAUCGAUUGAUCCACAUACCCAGAUGAGGUAAUAUUGGAGUGGCUUUAUUGGGGGAGUUUUUUCGCUGCUUUUGAGAAGUCUCCUAAAUAAUGAAGGAGAAAAAUGUAUAGUGAGAGCUAAAGUUAUUUUCCAAAACUUUCUCCAAAAUUUUCAGUUGUAACAAUUUCUGAAAUAAUUAGAACAAAGGAGCAAAGAUGAGCUUCGAAAAUUUUGAUGCCCAUCGGGGCAUAUUUCACAGUA